CCGCCCGCUCCUAUGGGGUCUUCUGCAAGGGGCUGACCCGCACGCUGCUCAUCUUCUUUGACCUGGCCUGGCGGCUGCGCAUCAACUUCCCCUACCUGUACAUCGUGGCUUCCAUGAUGCUCAACGUCCGCCUGCAGGUCCAUAUUGAGAUCCAUUGAAGACCGUCCACCGACUAGCACAGGUGUGCCCGCGGGCGCGCCGCACCGGAGCGCACAGCAUGAGGGGCAGGAGAGGGGCUCUGGGCGCCGAAGCGUGGGGAGAGGACGGGGACGAGCCGCUGCGCAGCCUGCGGAUGCGGGAGAGCCCUCGCCCGUCUGGUGCUCCUUCCCGGGCGAAGAAGCCUGCAGUGGAUCUGCGUGGAAACCCGCACAGUGAGACGUGGUUGCUGGCGGCGGCGAGGAGCGACCGGAGCGAGGCCAGCCUCUUGCCCCGCGGGGGCACCGCGGUGCGUCCGUGCGUGGAGGCAUCGGUGAGAAGGAGUCGCGCUUCCCCCGUGGCUCAGAGCGAGCCCGCGGGUCUGCUGUUCGCUCCCGCAGAAGAGCUUGCUGCCGGGGGCUCCUGUGGUGGCAGAAGUGCCCCGGUGAGGGACCGGCUGGGAGGAGGGCCCGGGGCCGCCGAGAGCCGCGGGGGACGGUGCCGCGGAGGAGAGCCUCGGGGGCCGGGACUGCAGCGCCGAGAGAAGCCAUCCGGAGUGGGAGUUUCUGGGGACGAGCCAAGUGCUUUUCUCGAGGCGAGAGGCCCCGAGUCAGAGCCGCCCGGCCUGCAUCCUGUCCUGUUGCCGCCGCCACACGCGUGUCCCCGCGUGUUCCUGAGUGACGGGGCCGAGCGCGCUGCCCCCGGCCGUCCAGAGCCCGCGCUUCCGGAGCCCACGGAGGAGUGCAGGAAGGUGCUUCCCAGCGUGAAACGUGCCGCCGCCGACCUGCAGGCAGCACUGGGGCUGCCGGCUGCGCGCGCUUGUCAGGGAGCAGAGCUGUCACGCCACCGGUAAGGUGCAAGCCGAACAUUGAGAAUAGAGUGAUUUUAAAAGUGGGCUUAGGACGGCCUUCCCGUGAAGUCUGAUGCGGACGGCACAGCAGGGACACUCCACUCCCGCCCUGGUUCGUGCGUCCAGAUGGACUUCAGGGAGCGGGGUCUGAACUCUUGGGAAGCUGGCCGGCGUGGAAGGCAGCUCUUGAGCAGGUUUUAAUUACGUGGCUCUUGCAAGACAUCCAGGACUGGGAGACCAUUCCCAGGAGACGAUGACUGUAUCCCCCCCCCCCCCCACGAGAUUAGACCUUAAAGAGUAAACACGACACCCCUUACGGACCUUCAGCGCCCGUGUUGGGGGGCGGCCGCCGGACGCUGUCUCCAGGUCGUCUCGUCAUCCGGCGGGAGCGGGUGUCGCAGACGCCAGCCCCUCUGCUUGCUCUGAGCCUUGCUGAGUGGAUGGUGCGCUGUGACUCUUUCUGCGUUUUGUGGAGUCAUUUCCGUCCGCAGCCAACUUUGGUUUCUGUUCUCACCUCCCUUUCCCACCACUUGAAAUGCAGUUUUAAUGGAGGCCGUACGGUGAAAGUUGCAAUAUACACUUAGCUUUAGAAUAAACAACCCUUCUUGGACGGUGUCACCAGGAGCAGAAGUGAGUGUGAGACUCCAGUUUCUAGGACCCGAGGCGUCUCCGACACUAAGGUUUGUCUG